AAUCAAACCAAAUCGACUGAAUUGGGCAAUCUCAGUCUUAUGGAGAGAGGAAGCUCUGUCAGCUCUACUGAAGAUGUGGAUCUAAAAACCGAUGAAAGCCAAAGAAUAUCCAAACAGUCCCAGCCUGCCACCUCCUGCACCCGAUGGUGCGUCGUUGAAGGAGUCGCAAAACACGACAACGAAAUCUCCUGGAAGCGCAUCAAGCUCAAAGGUGGAAGACCAGUCGUUCCUAACAGAUUUGGGAAGUACAUCCCGUUUGUUCUUGAGCCGAGUAAUAUUGACGUGCCCUGUGACUUUCGAGAUAAUUUCAUCUGUGGUCUGUGUGUAAGAGAUAAUGAGAGGUUAAAUGGAGAACGAUUUGGUUCAACCGUCCCCUUGGCGACUAGGAAACAACGGCUGGCAUCUCAAAGAAGUGACUCUCACAAUGCUUCAGAUGAUGAAGACAACGAGACCCUGUUGAGUACUUUCACUAGAGGAGACGGAAUCCGUGCAUCUGUCAAACGCAAGCGUGUAGAAGAUCAUUCCCGUCGAACAGAAAGCCAAGACGGUUUAGAACUAGAAUGCCAGGCGCUGCUCACGAAAAGACAAAGAAACUCUCUUUCCACGUCUAAUCCAAGGAUCCCGGCCAGUCCAGUUGUGAGGAAAGCGAGAGGCGAAAAAUUAAAACUACCAAGAAACCAUAAAAAGGCUUGGCGCCCGAAAAAGACAUCGCGAUCCAUGUCACCGCUGAAAGUGGUCGAAGACGCUUCAUUUGCGCAGAAAGUCGAAGCGAUCAUCAAGACUACUUUACCAGGAUCAGAAGAAGAACUAAACAUGAUCAUGAGCAAGAACUGCCGUGUUCAAAGAUCACCGACAAAGAACUGA